AAACAAGCCGGUCCUCUUAUUUCUCUCUCUCGCUGACCAACAUAACGAUAUUUGACCAUGCGAGAGGAUCUUAUUCAAUCGGCCACAUCUUUUCUGACAGACCCUAAUGUGCAGUCUGCAGCUCUUACAAAAAAGGUUUCCUUUCUGGAAUCCAAGGGCAUGACGGCCGAAGAGAUUGAAGAGGCCAUGGCAAGAGUCAAUGGCAAGUCGACGGGUGCUGCAACUACAACAACGGUGGCAGCAGCAACACCAGCAGCAGCAGGUCCAGUAGCGGCAGUACCAGGCGGUGCUAUUGCACAUGCUCAGCCUUUCGUCCCACAACGACCAUCAUAUGAUUGGCGAGAUAUCUUUGUAGCGGCUGCACUGGCUGGUGGUGUCAGUUACGGUGUCUGGACGUUGGCCAAGAAACUGCUGGGUCCGUGGUUCCAAGUACCAACACAGAAGGAAUUGGAAGAGGAUAAAGAAAAGCUAGAUGCACAGUUUCAAGCAGUUGAGGACUCUUUGAAGGAUCUCAAGCAACAAACAAGCGAUGCUUUAUCCAAGGUUUCAUCACAAUCCAAAAAGAUCGACGAUUCAUUAAGUGGACUGGAGACGGUAUUGAAGGACUUGAAGCAGGGCGACGCGGAACGGGACCAAGAGUUUAAGAAUGUCAAGGCAGAUGUCAAAAACCUCAAGGAGUUGGUUCCUCAAAUGUUGGACCGUAACAAGGAUUCGCAGGCUGGCGUCUUGACCGAUUUGCAGAACGAAGUCCAGUCGCUUAAAUCGUUGCUUGUCUCUCGUCGUCCUCUCAACCCUACCGAAUCUGUUUCGUCACCUAAUGGCUCUGCCACUCCCGCUCACGUCACUACCACUACUUCCACGGAUUCUCCCGCCUCACCUUCUGGUUUAUCGGCCCGCUUGCAUAGUGCCUUGAAUUCCAGCAAUCGGAACCGUCCAGGCAUUCCAGCCUGGCAAAUGGCCGCCUCUGGCGGUGCUAACGGUAACACAAACGGCAAGGCAUCUGAGCAGCCUGCUGCUGGUGCCACUUCUUCCUCGUCAUCCUCCUCCACUCCCGCCGCAUAACUUAUAUAAAUUCAUGCAACGCACAAUACACCUCACCCACACUCACCAUGCCCCUCACUCCUUAAUACCACUCACUUAAAUAAAAUAAAGCUGUAUGCACCUUAUUCGAACAGCC